AUGACGUCGUCUGGAAAAAGUUUGACCAACGCCGACUUUGCGCGAAUGUUCCAGACAGAGACACGUCAGGAACAUGCAGAUUAUGACCCAGACACAAAACAAGACAUUUUACUUAGCGAUACUAGAAAUCAUGAGCUCAAUUCGAUGACGGACGCCGCCAUGAGAUGUCGUCAAGAAAUGGACCUCAUAGGCUCCGAGCUGGACGCGAUCGAGGUUUCACAGGGCUCUGGCUUGGGAUUUGUCGCAAACGAAGUGUCAGGUAUCGAUUUAGGGUCAAGUUCGAGCUCUGGUCUGGGUCUUAGACCGAAUGCAGGGUCUGGGAUUGGUCUCGGAGCCGACAAGACGAUGGAUGAAGCAGCUCCAGCAGCUAUAACGGCCAAGUCCAAGACUUUUUCUUGGGAAAGACAUACAACAGGUUUUGGUAGCAAAAUGCUGGCUAAAAUGGGCUUUAAAGGCCGUUUGGGCAAGAAAGAGGACGGUGUGUCGGCCACUAUUGAAGUUAAGAAGCGUCCUGCACAGAUGGGCAUGGGCUACGGAGACUUUGUGGAAGCCAGUAAUCUUAAACAGAACAGGAAGCUACAAAAGGAGCUGAAAGGUGAAAUUGUGGAGCAGGAGAUGGAUGAAAGUGCUCAAGAUAUUGUGGAGGAUGACACUUUGUGGAGGAAGAGGAAGGUGGCGGCUGGUCGAAAGAAGCACAGACGAGCAGCGGACGUGACGCAGGAAGCUCAAGAGAUGAAGAAGCAGAAGAGAAGUGAUGUCGUGUUGGAUAUGCGGGGGCCUUCUGUACGCGUUCUGUCUGAUGUUACGGCUGCCUUUCAUGUGGACCCGCUUCGUGUGGAAGCAGCAAGACCCAAAUUAGGCGAUGAGUUAAUUUACAAUGUGCGGAUGGUGGUAAAUGUGGCACAAGGGAAGAUUGUUGACUUGAGCCAAAAGAUUGACGUCAACACGGAAAGUGUUGCCAUAAUGAAGAAAGAGGUGAAGAUGAUCUGCGCACAGCUGAGUGUGGAUGACGUUCGACUGCAACGCAUGCAAGCAAUGGUUAAGCAAAUGAAAGUGCUGGAUGCUUUACGCGAGAAGGCUUUAGAGACGCUAUCAGUGGAGUCUUUGCUAUCACAUUUGCACCAACUUCGUCGAAGCUUCCCACUAGAAUUCGACGCACACGAGUUGCAACAACUCGUGCCGUCACUCUGUAUACCCCCGCUUCGAGCAUUACUCACAGAAUCGCACCUGCUCGACCGAAAGUCGAGCGAUAGCGUUGUGCUGCAGUUCCGCUUGAUCCAGAUAUUUCUAGUCGAGUUACCGAGCAACAGAGCCACUGCCGAUACAACCAGGGCAGCUAAUGUACUACCUAUUAUCCGUGAGAAGACCAUGGUGAAAGGUGAAGAAUUGUACAAUUUUAUCCUCGAGGAAACGUUGUGGCCUGCAAUGGUUCAGUGCGUGAAUGUGGAAUGGCAAGCUAGAUUGGCCCCAUCUGCUUGUGUUGAUUUAUUCCUAAAGAUUAGACCACACCUUUCCAGUGAAUUUGAGGAUGCAUUUCUUCACCAGUUGGUGCUUUCUCGGCUGAAAAAAGAGUGUCAUCGCUGGGAUCCUCGCUCAGAUACGAAACCCAUUCAGGAGUGGUUGCUUCCUUGGCUACCUUACAUCGGCUGUGCGAUGAAGUCUCUCUACCCUGAUAUUCGGCUGACUCUUGCUAGCACAUUAAGUCAGUGGCAUCCGUCGGACUUGUCAGUGCUUUCCGUCUUAUCUCCGUGGAGAGAGCUCUGGGGCGAACAUGAGUAUGGAAAAUUUACUCACCGGAAUAUUGUCCGAAAAUUGAUCCGGUGUUUGCAUCGCGAAUUUGAGGUCAAUCCGGAAAACCAAUCGUUGGAAGCUUUGACGUGGGUGUUAGCAUGGCAAGACUAUCUUCCCGAUCGCCAGUUCAUUGCUCUCUUAGAAGGCGAGUUCUUCUCGAAGUGGAUCAAGGUAUUGCGGAAAUGGGUUGCCGGGUCACCGAACUUGAUUGAGCUAGAAAAAUGGUAUUGCGGAUGGAAGCUUCUUUUUGACAAGAAAAGUCUAGCAACAAACGAGAGAUUGCUGGUGCAUUUUCACGGAGCUCUUGUGUUGUUGCAGGCGGCGACCGAGUCAGUUGGUGCGCCGACAGAGAGCAGACCUCCACUUCCCGAACUAAACGAAAGCGCGGCCACAAAUUAUCAAGAUGCAUUGGCAUUGGCACGAGAUGAGACGAUGAAGGAAGCGCCAAUUCAUGAGGAAAAAAUGCCGCCGAAUAGCGCAUCCCACAGCGUUAGCUUGAAGGAUGUCGUCGAAAACUUGGCAAUCACUCACAACUUGACUUUCAUACCAAAGGGUUUUCACGAUGGGCAGCCAAUCUACACUUUCGGCAAGCACCAGAUUAUUAUAGAGCAGGGUGUCGUCUUCAUGGAGGAAUCCAAGGGUGUAUUCAAGCCGGUGGACCUUGAGCAGCUCGUGUAG